AUGUCAGAGGAAAGGAUGACGGAGAGGUCCAAUCAACUGAAGGAGAAAAUAAUCGGGUUAUUUUCAUGCGGUACCAUAGUUGAGCAACUGAACCUUGUAGACACACUACAACACCUAAGCGUAGAUCAUCAUUUUCAUGAACAAAUUGACUCCACAUUAAGAAGCACUCAUGCUGGUGAAUUCAAUAGCUCCAGCCUUCAUCAUGUCGCCCUUCGGUUCCGCAUACUGAGGCAGCAAGGCUUUUGGGUGUCUCCAGAAAACUACAAAACGUAUGCAUGCAAUUAA